UUUUUGUGCCUGAACUGGCGAAGCCUUCAUUAAACAUCGCUGCUGCUUCACAUCGGCGUCGCGGCCUUGGCCAGGGCUUCCGCGACGCGAUCGGCCAUGGCGGCGUCUCUCCGGGCAUCGUCCUCCCUCCGCUCGCGCCUCCUCUCGUCCUCCUCCGGGUAUUAUCCGUGGCGCCUCCUCCUCUCCUCACCCGUCCACUCGGACGCCCCCCACCAGACCGAAACCCUCGCCUUCGACGAGAUCCAGCUGUCGCCCGAGAAGCCGCCCACCGCCACCGCCUUCGUCCUACACGGCCUCCUCGGCUCCGGCCGCAACUGGCGCUCCUUCUCGCGCAUCCUCGCCUCCGAACUCCAUAGCCGCUCCCCUUCAGACGAGUGGAGGAUGGUUCUCGUGGAUUUGAGGAACCAUGGCAGGUCGGCCGGGAUUAAGGGGUUCGACCCGCCCCACAACAUGUCGACUGCCGCGAAGGAUCUCGCUGAUUUGGUGAAGGCCCGUGGUUGGCCAUGGCCGGAUGUUGUUGUGGGUCACUCUAUGGGUGGGAAGGUUGCGCUAGAUUUCGCAGAGAGCUGCUCACGUGGUGUGUAUGGAGAGUCGGCUGUUCUUCCCAAACAGCUCUGGGUCCUAGAUUCUGUCCCUGGACAAGUAUUAACAGAUAACAGUGAUGGUGAAGUUGAACGGGUUUUGCAAACACUAGCGAGUCUUCCUUCUUCACUUCCAUCACGCAAGUGGGUUGUCGACCACAUGCUCAGCCUUGGAUUUUCAAAAUCUCUUUCAGAAUGGAUUGGCAGCAACUUAAAGAAGGACAAUGAUCAUGUGACCUGGGCUUUCGAUCUUCAGGCUGCCAUAGACAUGUUUAAUUCUUACAGGGAAAGGAGCUACUGGGAACUGCUGGAGCACCCACCCAAGGAUUUGGAGAUUGCAAUCGUGCAAGCAGAGCGCAGUGACCGAUGGGACCCUGAUGAUGUUCAAAGGCUAAAGGCAUUGGCAAAGAGGGAGUCGAAGCCUGAUGCAGGGAAGGUGUCACUUCACGUUUUACCCAACUCAGGCCAUUGGGUUCAUGUGGAUAACCCCAAGGGUCUACUUGAGAUCAUGGCGCCUAACUUCCUGUCAGCUGGUAAAAAUUGAGCAAUAUUUUCAACUGGAACCUUCACUUAGUGUGACAUCUCAGUUUGAUGACCGGAGGGAUACCAUUAUCUUCUCUCGUUUUGUUGUCGGAUGAGAGCUCUUUGCCUUCGUUUCUUUUUUAUGACAACACGCUUAUACCUUCUGUCAAUAAUAGAGGAAAAGAUUAUCUAGAGUCCCUUGCUUUCUUUCUGCAAGGUCAUUGUGUUAAAUUGCAUUGUUUGAAAGUCGAUUCCAUUAAUAAAGGAGAAAGUGUUAUCUAUUCAAA